AGCACCCAAACGAGCGGACGCUUUUUUACCUGCGCUUCUUUUGUAUCCUGUGGGCCAACCGAUCUCGUCUCGAAAGUGUCAGUUCAGUUCUUUCGCAGAAGAAACGGAAUCAGUUCUACGUGCGGAGGUUUUCUGGAAGAAUUUAGUUUUUUUUUUGUCUGGCUGCAGAGUUUGGAGAAAUUCCGAUAGAAUCACUGAUCAACAGGUGCAGGUGAUAUCUUCGAUUUGAAGAUGAGAUUUGUGAGUCGCGUUUGAAAAAGGAUUCAGUAGUAAUUUUCAAAUUAGAGUGGCUGCAAGGAAUACGCAAGCGAAUGGCGAACUAGAGAGCGAAAUUCUUGAGUGUCGAGAACUAAGUGAUCAAGUGGGUUUGGAAAGGUGACUUAGAAGAGCUACGACCGAUAGGAAGGAUUAUAGUGCUAGAGAGUUUUUUUCUUCGUGAAGUUAGACAGGAAAUUGUGCACCGGAAAGGACACCCGCAGCAGUUUUCCAAGUUGAUUUCCUGUGAUAGCGGACGUGCAAAGCUGAGGGAUCCUUUUCGCCGGCCGGUUCGAGCCGCCGCCGAGUUCAAGAUGGCACACUUGUCGCCUCCCCCUUCGCCACCCGCUUUGACCAGCCAAGGCUCGGCCAAUCCGCUGGAGCUGAGCGCAUCCUCCACGAAUUUGAUCCAGCGGGCGUCAGCCUUCAGUUCCGUGCUGGGGCAAAAAUGGAGUGCCAGAGAUCUUCCCUUGCUGUACAACCCGCUGUUCUACUCGGGUGCUGCCUUCCUGUGGCCUCAGUUCCUGCUGCCUCAGCAGCCAAUCACACCAAUCUCACCCAAUUUGGCCAACUAUCGAGACUACACGUUAACCCCAGAGAAAGAGGAAACUAUCGACGAAGACAUGCCGCUGAACCUGUCGAUGAAACCAUCCUCGUCGACACCGAAUUCGCGUUCCUCAGUGACAGCUGCUGCCGCUGCUGCAGCAGCAGCCGCCUCGCUAGCCCACUCGAUCCACAUUUGGUCCCCGGCUAGCAUGUGCGAGAAGGAAACCACCGAUGACACCCAGAGCAACAUCGACAUCGAGAACGAUAAUGACGGCGCUUCGUCCAGCGGUGGUGAGUUGCAGAUCGAUGAAAGUAUGGAACAGCAUCGGCACCACCAUCAGCAGUUGAUGGAAAGUCAGAAGGCUCGUAUUCUGACCGAAUAUAACAACCUGCUGCUAAAUGGGGGUGCUACUAGUGGGAAAGGAGGUGAUCGAAAUUACUUCAACUACAGUAAGAUUAGCAAGGGUUAUUUCACACAUCUGCAGCAGCAGCAGAAGAAUUUGGAGAUUCUUCGUCAGAAUCGUACCGAUGUGUUUGUGGUGAAUAACAAUAACAACAACAACAAUAGUAGUCAGAAAACUCUCAACGGGGGUAACAGUAACAACAACAAUAAUAAGGACGGUGUGAAGAACAAUAAUGUGAGUGCAUUCAGUGAUAGUAGUGGGAGUGUUGAGUUUCGAAUUAAGAACGAAAUCACCAGACCGGAUUCGACGGGACACAGUGAGGGGUACGUGUUCAAGCGGGAAUCCGGCCACGGGAUGGGUGGAAGCGAGGAAAAAAAGCCGGCUAGGUUGUACCAGUGCAAACAGUGCGGCAAAACGUUCAAACGCUCCAGCACGCUAUCGACUCAUCUGCUGAUCCACAGCGACACCCGGCCGUACCCGUGUCAGUACUGCGGCAAGCGGUUCCACCAGAAGUCCGACAUGAAGAAGCACACGUACAUCCACACCGGUGAAAAACCGCACAAAUGCGUCGUCUGCCUGAAGGCGUUCAGCCAGAGCUCGAAUCUGAUCACCCAUAUGCGCAAGCAUUCCGGCUACAAACCCUUUUCAUGCGGGCUCUGCGAGAAGGCCUUCCAGCGGAAGGUGGAUCUGCGGCGUCAUCGCGAGGGCCAGCAUGGUGACAUCGUUGGCAGCGGGGCAUCGACCAUGCUGCCCUCGGAGGACUACAAACCGCUCGAUAGCAGCAGUGCCGCCACUAACACCGCCACCAGCAUCGGCGCUCUGGCAACCACAAUGAACAGUACCGAGAGUGGAAGUCCCGGUCGCGAUUCACCCAGUUCAGUAACAGUGGCGGCUCUGGCAGCAGCCGCUGCUGCCGCCGCCGCCGCCGUUUCCACUGCUAGCUCCGGAUUUCAUCAUCAGCCGCACCACCACCACCACCUUCACCAUCACCAAGAACAGCACCACAGCCAGCAGCUCCUGCGUCACCAUGCGGAUAUUAAAAUGGAAGUUAGCAGCAGUUGUUCUUGAUUCCGUCCGAAUUGGAUCUUUCCACCGAUGCCGAUUUAGCUUUUAUUAAUGUUAUUUUUUCUUCAAAACCUGGCCUAAUGAUGAUUUGUUUUUUUCUUUCGAAAAAUGAAAAUAAUAAAAAAACACCGAGGGCACGAUUACCAAACUAACCGGGCAAAGAUGCACCGACGGACAACAACAGAUGUUGCUCAAUUUAGGUGCUUCUCUUCUGGCGACGGCUGUUGGAAGGGCAAACCGUCGUCGCCCACUGCUGUUGUACCGUUCUGCUUCUCGCUCGUUUGCCACACGCGUCAGAUGACGUUUCGGUUAGCUUCGUGUUUCGUUUGUGCCUUCCCUCCCGUCCCUAGCUUAAGCCGCCUUGGCGCGAAAUGCCCGCAUGUAUUCGCGCUAACCAGUGAUCGAUAAUAGAGUCCUGAAAUACCUGUACAGCCUAGUGGGUACUAUCCAGUCGAGUUACAGACGUACUGUUCAUAGUUGCAUAAGUUUUUUUCUUUAUAUAAUCCUAGAAAAUGUUUCAAGCCAAAGCUACAACUUUGUUUGGCUAUCCCCUGAUAAAAAAGCGAAGCUUCAAAAACCAAAACCCGUAAAUUAGCGUUAAAAUAUUUUAUUUCUACAUCACUAGAACUAGCCUGUAAAUAUCAGUAACUUAUUUACGAAAUUAGUUUUUUUUCACUUACUGUAAUUUUUAAAUACCGUCUAGUCUUCUGCAUAGAGAAUGAAACCAGCUGCCCAAAUCCAAAAGGAUUAUGCGCAGAUUUGGAAAGGGGGAAACGAGAGGCGCUUUUGUUACCGAAACAACGUGUCAGCACGGGGUGGCGGGUGUGCCACCCCAAAUUAACACACAAACACACAUACACACACACACACACGCGUUAGUCAUGAAUAGAGUUCGCACUUUUAUUCACAAACAGCUACCGAACCAAAGACUCUAUUUGUAAACUCGAGAAAGUCGAAGGCACUUUUGUAAUUUUUGUAUCUCGAACUGUUGCUGUUCCUGCCUAUUAUUCGUCUCCUGCUGUACUGUACAUUUCCCAGAGCUACUUCAUUCGGUAGGUCCUUAGGCACUACACUCCGUCCGCUUGGUCGUACUUCUUAUGUUUUUUUUUUAACAAAAAUAUUUUGAUAAAAAAACAAAAUUUUUUCUUCAAAUUUUCAUUUUCAAAAUUUGUUAUUUAGUGUUUAGUGCGUUUAGGGAGGAAACACACUCGUUAAGAGGGAUGGAGGAGAAAACAAAAAUCAGCUGAAAUGAAGAUCAUCCAAAAAAAAAAAAAAAAACACUGCGUAGACGCUAAGGAAUCAAGUUUUUUUUCUAAUUCAUAUUUUUAGCUAAUAGUCAACCGUUAGCUCAAUAGUAACUUAUGUUAGUCAAAUAUUCUGUGUACAUAAGGGAGACACCUGACGAAUAUGAGUCAUAAUCCUUUUAACUUAACUAGCGAUUAGUAUUUACUGCUAUUUUCUAUUCAUUAUAUCCGAGUACCGUACGUAAUAGGUUUUACGUUGCAAACUGUAGCGCUAAGUAGCUGAACGUUGUAUAUUUUUAAUACAAUGUAUUCACUGUAAAAAAAUCUUCAAACUUGUAACUAGGAAUAAAUGCAAGGAAAUCGUA